AUGGCAGCUCGUGGGGCCGUCUUGGUAGUCCUUUGCGUGGUCCUCGCGGUGACGCGUGGUCGCCGGAGUUCGGUGGAGCAGGAGGAUGAGGAGGAGAAGAUGAACAGCGCCAGAUGCACCUCCAGGUGUCUCACCUUGCACAUGACUCAGAUUACUGCUGCAUUCGGACACAUCCAGACGGACCAAGUUCUCGUUUGGUGUGAAAACCACAGACGCUGUGCACAGUGUCUUCAACCAUGCAAAGAGCUUUGGGAAACCAAGAAGAUGCUCUCUCUGAAGUCCUGUGAGAAGCAGACAGAGUGUGUGACUAGCAGCGACUUUCUGACAUCUGUGAGGUCAUUAAGACAGGGUGAAUGCCCUUCGCCUCAACGUGCGACAGGAUUUGCAGCCGCCUGUGUGGAAAGCUGCUCACUUGACCAACAUUGUCCUUCCCCCAGGAAAUGUUGCUUCAACGGUUGCGGACAAACGUGUCAAACACCAGCCAAUCUUUACAAAGGUGUUCCCCUGAAACCGCGCCGAGAUAUGACCUUUGUGGAGGACCCGGCGGGUCGGGUAAAAGUGAUGUGGGUGUCGAAGUUCAAUGUCAGCGUAGAGCCCGUCGUUUACGUGCUCCAGUCACGCUGGAACGCGGGCAUUCACCCCAGUGAAGAUAAUGCGUCCCCUUGGAUCACUGUUGCCAUGACCCUUACUGAGGAUGCGCUACUGUCAGAUCUGAGACCUCAACGUUGGUAUCAAUUCAGAGUGGCGGCAGUAAACAGUCAAGGCAGCAGGGGCUUCACCACACCAAGCAAGCACCACAUCUCCAGUAAAGACCCAUCACCUCCAGAAGCUCCAAUAAAUAUUCGUGUGAGCAACCAGACUCUAGUUGGGAUGACUUCACAAGCAGGAACUCACUUCACAGAAAGGUCAGGAGGAAGCGGGAUCACUGUAACUGUCCUAAUACGCUGGGACCCGCCUCAGGAGGGAGACCUGCCAGUCCACAACUACAGGGUCACCUGGAUGUCUCGACACAGGACGCCAAAACACACUCACACAGCGCAUGUAAACGCACGAGAAUUGCACAUGCGCGCCCAUCUUACACAGCCACACGCACACCAGCAGAGUAAAAAAGGAAGCAACAGCAGAGUGACUCAGGGGGUGCAGUGUGAGCUGUGGCUAGAGGAACUUCUCCCUGAUACUUCCUACUCCCUGUCUGUGCAGUCAGUAGCCUACUGGGAUCAGAAGAGACUGAAGAGCCCAAGAUCCCACAUUGUCUUUACUACACUCUCCUAUAAAGAUUUGACCAAAACAGAAGACUUCUCUAAUGAGCUCCCCUCGGCGGUUUCCUCAUCAUCCCCGUCGCUCUCCUUGUUUCCGUCCCUCUCAUCUUCCGCUCCAUCCUCUUCUGACCUCCCCCUUUCGUCUUCUCUUCCUCGCCCCGAAUCCGCUCUUGACCCUGUCAUCUCCGGUGACCUUCGCCUGGAGGUUGCCGCCCCCCAUUACCAUGGUGGUCAGCUGCAGGUCAAGGUGUUCUGGAAGCGGUCGAACCACGCCAGAAAUCGUCACCCUGGUCCAUACACGUUGCGGUGGCGUCCACAUACUUGCAGCCCUAACGUUACGGGCACUGAGGGCUCCGCAAGUGUGCAGGGUACCCAUUACACCAUCACAGGCCUACUGUUUGCAUGUAAGUACUGGGUCGCUGUGGCAGUGAAGACUGAUCCUGAGUCAGAAGCUGUUGCCUGGGUUACCACCCCAACUUGCUCUUCCAUCAGGGUCAAAGGAGGCAAAGCUUUGCCCUGCAGCAUGAAAGAGCGCCCCCCAGCACGUAGAAAGGUGAUACUGCGCCCAGAGCGUCUGACAGCAAGUUUUCAGCAAGCCAAUGGCACACUGCUGGCUGUGUUUCGCUGGAGGGUGUCCCAGCAUGCACUGGACCUGGCAGAAGUUGAUGGCUUCCAGUUCACGUGGACACUGCGGUCUGGUGGCACCUCAGCAGCAAAAGACCAGGAGGACACGCUUAUCUCUCAGACACAGACAAUUGCACGGUCUCAGCGGGCGGUGAUAGUUCCUGGUCUCCAUGGCGACAGUGUUUACCAGGUACAGCUUAAGGUUUUAACUACCAGAGACAGCAACGGUGCCGCCGUCUUCAAGACGUUUCACACCCCUGCAGUAUGAGUUCCAUGUGUUUCGAGACUCUACCACACCAUGAUUUGGUUCUUUACCAACACCUACUUCCAAAUCUUUUUUUCAAAAUGCAACUCAUUUUAAUUUAAGUAGUAAAAUGAAGUAGCAAAUGAACAUUUUCCCUCUUCUGUUGAUUGUUUGCCUCUCUUUUUAUUUUAACAUCAGACAUAAGUAAGCCAGUGUUAUUUUUUUUCUUUCUUUUUUUUUUUAAUCAAAAAUGGAUCGUGCUACAAUACUUUUCACAAGAAAUGUGAACAGUAGAUACAAGUCUACAUACAGUCUAAAGUAUGGUAUAUAGGACAUUUUUGAGCUGAAUAUUUAUGCUAAAUAUUCAAUUUAAUAAGAUACUUUGUCACUGGAGCCAAAUGACAUCUGCAAAGUGAUGUUGGACACUUGUUAUGUCUUUUAUUCCUUAGAAAUGAAGGAUCCCAAUUCUAAAAAAAAUGUUCUAGCACUGACCUUACGUACGAAUAGAAAUGUAUGUCUUUUGAUUGUGUUUAUUGCAGUUGGACUGCAAUGCUAUCUUUCAUGUCGUUCUUUUUGCUGGAAUAAACUCAAAUAUUAUGUGUCUCAGAUAUUUUUAUUUUUAAACAUUUGUACUCAGAUGUGGUCGAAUAUUUGUGUUUGAUAUAUCUUUGGUGUAUUCCGGCAGUUUUUAUGUCUCAUGACUUUUCCAAACUCUUUUUGGUGUACUUGUGGAAGAAAGAAUUAUUCUGUUUAAAUACCCUAUA